AUAAUCCGCAGCAAUGUCACCAACAUAGCCAAAUACCCGAUGCCACGUGUGUGUAAGACGUGGCACUUGAGUUUCUUUGAUCUGAUUCGGGAUCCAAACUUUUCAGAUUUGAAUGAAACAAACAAGCAAACACGACAAUUUCAUCGUUCAUCUUGCUCCAAACACUUCCAACAACAUUGAACAACAACAGUGAUGGCAACAGGUACACAAGCCUACGGCGAAUCAUGGUACUGGGACAACCGUUACACAAACGAACCAGGUCCUUUUGAUUGGUACCAAAAGUAUAUCACUUUGGCUCCUAUCAUCAAUCUAUAUGUUCCUCCUAACCAAUCCAUCCUCGUUGUUGGUUCCGGCAAUUCAGCGUUUAGUGAAGGAAUGGUUGAUGAAGGUGGUUACACAGAUGUUGUCAAUAUUGAUAUAUCUUCUGUGGUCAUUGAUGCUAUGCAGAAUAAAUACCGAAAUUGUCCUCAAUUGAAGUAUUUGAAAAUGGAUGUAAGAGACAUGAGUGCUUUUGAAUCAGAGACUUUUGGUUCUGUUAUCGACAAAGGGACUCUUGAUUCUCUCUUGUGUGGAAACAAUUCAAGACAAAAUGCUACUAAGAUGCUUGAGGAAAUUUGGAGGGUUCUCAAGGAUAAAGGAGUCUAUGUUCUGGUGACGUAUGGAGCUCCACUAUAUCGCCUACGUUUGCUACGCGAAUCAUGCUCGUGGACAAUUAAACUCCAUGUGAUAGAGAAACUUGCAUCAGAAGAAAAAUCUGAUAAUCCACUAUGGGAGCUGACAAAACCUAUCAUGCUUGAUUACGAUGGAAGCUCUGUGGAGGAAACUCUAGGAACGAAUCCCGAUGUCCAUUAUAUAUACAUUUGCACUAAGGAACUUUCUGGCAACGCAAACGUAAAAGCGUGAAGGAAAAGUUUAGCGAGGAAGGCAUGCAUUUCUAAUCCAUAAAUUUGUGUUAACAGCUCUUUUACUCUAGUUGAUCCUAGAAUUUGUAAUGUCAAAACCAAAGUUUAAUGAUACUUUCUUUACAACAAUUUGUAUUAUGAUUUCCUCAGUAUUUAUGUGAUCUAAAGAGUAACAUUUCUGUAA